ACAACUUAACCAAAGUGCAUAUUUCUGAUCUGGCAAUAUUAUAAAACGUCAAAUCGACCACUACGCGAUCGCGAAUAGCGAAGUUAAGUCUCGUCAAUUUUUGAGAGUACCUCCUACUCCCUAGCUUCUCUGUGCCUGAAUAUUGAACAAAAAACAAUAGAAUUUUGUAUCGUGUUAGUCACUAACUCAAAUUACUGGUAAAUUAAUUUUUAACAGAGCAAAACAAAUGGAGCACGACAUUAACAAGCCGUAUAAAAUCUGUGAUGUAAAUCGAGAAAAAAAGAAAGGUAUAGUGGCAUUAUCCCUUGAGGAUCUUCUUGCAAAAGUGCCAGAAAAAUUAGGAAUGCCUUCGGAGAAUUUAACAGUGGUUUUGGAAUCUGAUGGCACUGAAGUGGACGACGAGGAAUAUUUUUCUACUUUAGAACCUGAUACAUCUCUUAUGAUUUUACAUGGUAAUGAAAAAUGGUCUCCAAAUAUGCCAAAGUGCCAAGUGUCUCUUGAUCAAACUGAUGACAUCGCAUUAGGAGACAAAGGACAAGUUGCCAACUUGGUUGGAAGGCUGCAGCACAACUUGUGCCAUAUCUCACUGCUUGGGGGUCAAGACUUGGAAUUGUUGUCAGACAUGGAUCCAGACAGUCUUGCAGAUAUUGUGACUGAUAGAGACAAUAGAAUAAUUUUGGAGCACAUCAAAGAAGCAUCUGGAAGAAUAUUGCUUGAGAAACGUCAAGCUCAAGAUGCUAUGGAAUUGUUGAAACUGUAUCAUCAGAGUGUUGCCAAUGGUAAUGAAGAUAUGUCGCCACCAAAGCAAGAGAGAGUGUAGAUCAAUAUCUCAUUUGUGAUGGUAACCCACAAUUAUUUCAUUUGUCAUGACUUGAUUCAGACAAAAAACAAAUUGAAAAUCAAUAGAGAAAAAAGUUUACAUUCUUAAUUUAAAUUUUAUCUUUUGAACUGCCUGCCACUGAGAAAAGCAAAAUUUUUAUAGCUUAAACCAUGUUUUCAAUGCAAAUAAUAAAAUGACCUGAAUCAAGUUAUGAGUAACAUAAUGUAAUCCUCAAUUGAUUUUUAAGGGAUGGUUCACCUCAAAAGUUUACAAAAAAUGCAAAUAUCUAUUGCAUACAAGCUCAAAAGCAACAUUUUAUAGUUUUAUCAGUUCACGAAAAGUAUUUCUAACUUUUUUAGCAUUAAUCAUUCAUGAUAUACUAAACAUUGAGGCCUUUUUAUAAACAUUAUUUACUUAGUUGUUUAAAUUUUAUUUGUAAGGAUUUAAAAUAUGUACUAGUUUAGCCAAAGCUGUAAAAGUAAAUUACUGUCAGACAUAUAUAUAACAUCUAUUUGUUUAUUAGUAUAUAAUAACAGUACUAUUUUAUAAUUAUAUUACAAUGUCCUCCAUAUUAUCACUUAUAACAUUGGGUAAUGUAUGUGUAAGCUGGUACAUGGUAAAAUGUGGUAGACUCUAGUAAUAAUACAACGCUAAUCUUAUGAAUAUGAGCUGAAAUCAUGAUAUAAUAACAUUCUUAAGGAGCAUUGUAAGUAAAUGUAUUUAGAUGUGUAUGUAUAUAAUUAGUCUAAAAAUUAAUGUAGUAAUUUACAUAACAGUCAACUAUUAGAAUUAUCAAUUUAUACUGUACUGUCUUUUUAUUUUAUUAUUUAGACUGAUCUGAGCAAGGCAUUCAAUAUGAAUUAUGCCAUAAAAUAAAAAAUAAUAUCAGUCUAGUACUAAGUUUUUAGAUAUUACCUUUUUACAAACUUUAUGAAAUGAAUCUGACAAUAGGUAUGCUAGUGCUAGUCUUCUAUUUGUUAUCUUUACAUUCUUUUUCAUAUUUUGUAAACUUUUGAGAGACAAAUUGCCACAAGGUUGAUAAUCAACAUCAAUUUAAAAGACUGAUAGUUGGUAAAUUUAUGUUUUUAUAUAGUUUUACCCCUAGUAUAAGAUUUAUUCAUUUAAUUCCAAAUUUGCUCAAACAUUUUACAAGAUACUUAAUAAGUUUUCCUAUGUUAAAUUCCACUGCCAUGAUAUAAAUGUAAAACUGGCUAAUUUGUUUCAAAAAUUUAUUGGGGUAUUGGUCCAGGCGAAGUGAUAUAACAUUGACAUUAGUUACUUACAUGGAAUUGUGAAAAUUUUGUUAGAUAUACAGAAAUAACUCCAGCAUGCUUCUUGCAUAAUUGUAUUGUAAAUGUUUGUAUGGUCUUUGGACAGGUGGGGAGCAGGACUUUGGUGUUGUGUAAUAUGUAAAUUGUUUGUAAAUUAUUUGUCUUUAUUUAUUCAAUCCUAUUAAGUAAUGUGUAUCCUUGUUGUAAGUUUUUUGGAAAUUUUUAUUUGUUUACAGUACAAUGUGAUGAAUGUUUAAGUUAGCAUACUGGAUUGCUGUGCUAGGUGUUAUACGUAAUUAUAUAUAUUUAUAAAGUAGUGCACCCAUUAACUUAUUAUAGCUGGCAAAAGUAGGUACCUACCUUAUAAUAUUGCACAUAAUAGUCUGUUGUAAAAUGCAAAUAAUGCCUGUUAAAAUAAACAAUUUAUCAUCUAAUAUAAUAUUUCAAGUACCUACUGUCUGACUAUGUAACUAGCCUAAAAUAUGUGAAUAAUUAAUUUGUAGCCUACUUAUAGCCAGUAAUUAAUCUUUGAAAAUCAACAAUUAUCACAAAUAUUCACCUUUUUAAAUUGGGUAUUCCAUGCUAUGCCAGAGAAUCCCAUGAUCUACCCAUACUUAUACCAACAUAUUAUAAUAAAUGGUAAUUGUAACUUACAUUAAUAAUAUUACUGUGCAAAAUAUGUUGUACUCAUAAUUCUACAAGGUGUUUUAGUCAUAGUAAGUAAUACAUUCAAAUGUUAACACCAAAUAAAACUUUUAUCUUAUUUGGUAUACAAGUUUUUUUAUGAAUAUAGUUGAUAAAUAUUGCAAUUAGUAUUGUCUAAACUGUAUGUGAUGUUCCACUUGGGUUACCCAUAUACAAGUUAUUUGUCAUAGCUUCAGUUGUAUUAGUGGCCUCCUUGGUGUAAUGGAGGAAAAUUAUAUUUAACAUGUCAUGCAGACAUAGCGCCAAUAGGAAACAAUUUUUAUUGCUGUAUUAUAUUAUCUAUUUACUUUUGAACAUUUUUGUGGAAUUGGUAGUGUCAAAAACCUUAUAGAGGAAUUGGAAUUCAGUUUAUUGUGCACAAAUAAAAACAUUAUGGAAAUUGAGUCACAUCAUUUAUUUUCCCUUGACAGUACAAAUAAAUCAGUAACUUAAAAUUACACAGACAAUAAUGUGUCAUCAAACUUAUAAUGUGGUAAUUUUGAAUAAACACUGCUGCCCAGAAGAGAUAAAUAAAUACAUUUAUUCAAGUUUAGAUUAGACUGACUACAUUAUUACACUUAACAACAAAGUUUAAUCAUCAAGAAGUAUAAUACCUAUGUGAAGGAUUUCUUCAACCAUGUGUGUAUUUGCUGAUAGUAUUGAAGUAAGUAGCUUUACAGAACAGUGCAGGAACUUUUCUCGCGGAAUGGAUUGACUUUCUGACUGGAAAAUCCAACCAGCAAGCAAUCCUCUUGUUCGUGUUCAUUGAUGUAUUUGACAAUGUCAGAUACCACUACGGAGACGGGAACGCGCUUUAUUGCAGCUUCUCGUCUCAGUUGUUCUGUUACAGCCCGCUGCUGUUGCAACGUUGAAACCAUCAUGUCCAUAACGGCGGUAUCUGAUAGGCCUAUGUUGAACGUAAAAGGAAAACUGGGAAAUGCAAAACAGGGCGUAGCCUCCAGCGAAGGUGGGCCUGCAAACAAUAAAAACGGUUUACACAUUGAUCCACAAAGUCAAUAAAGCUUAGAUAUUAUUGUUUACUUACAGCGGAUUGAAGCUGAAAUAGAUGUUUGUUUUACAAAGAUAUUUCGUAGCAAUAAUUAUCGCAAUCGCAAUGGAGUUCAACAAUACGCUGAGAUAAUGUCA